AUGAUACAUGAUAAGACGCUCUGGCGGGACCGGGAUGUCGCUGCAAUGGCGAAGGUUAGGGUUGGCUUGUCGCUUCUAAAGCGUGUGGUUGGACGGGCCCAGUGGAUUGGAAAAGAGGUGCAUGAUUUCAUCUACGGUGAGGAGGAAAUCCCUUCUCUUAUCGUUUCUAUUGUAGUACGGAGUACUCCGUUUGGAGUUGGAAUUCUAAAGGAUGCAUUUGAUCCUAAUUUUGAAAGCCCGAAUGUGAAUUGCGACAAUCUGAUUGAGAUGGGCAUAAAGGACAAGGAGGAUAUGGACUAG